AUGAUGCAAACACUUGAACAUCGUAACGAUCAUUAUAAUAAUUCAGAAAAUCAGCAUGACCCUGAUGGUUUCACUACAUCAUCUUUGCACAAAGACAUGGAACGAAGCCAAGACCCCACACCUCAACAUUGGGCAAUGAUGAAAUCUUCAUCGCCAACAUCGUCAUCGUGUUGGAACGGAUUCUAUGAAGUCUUACUUCAUUGUUUACAGUCCUUGAGAAGAAUGAUGUUUGUUCUUAUUAGCCACAACGAGAAUAACGCUACAUUGAUACCAAUCGUGGACCCCCAUUCUCCCAAGUCUCCUCCUACAAGUCCUAGGAAUGAACAAAUGAUAAUCGAUCCUUUCCCACCCACUGUUGUUGAUGACACAGCAGUUUCCAAAAUAUCAAGUUCUGAUUCGUAUAUUGAUGACAAAAACUUGAAAGCUAGAGAGAAUAAUUCUGUUCCACCAAUUUUGAAUUCGCCCUCUCAAACUGUAGUUUUUCACACCGAUUCCGUGGAUAGUGAAGGAGGGUUGCAAACACAUCCAUCCAUUGACGACAAUAAUUCAUCUCUGUCUUCAAAUGCAUCACUUGCUUCGGCAUCUUGCGCAAGUUCUUCCUUUUCCUCGUGUGAAGAUUUACAUACCUUUCUUGAAUAUGGACGAAGGCAGAGUUUGUUUGAGCCUGGUGAGUAUGUUUCGGUGAUGACAGAAAUAUUAGAUUCGGAGCAAUGUAAAAGAAAGAAACAAGCGCAGCUACAUUUUGAUGGGUUACAACUUCAAUGA